GCGGCUCCCGUUCCUUCCCUCCCGGCCAUCGCUCCCGGUGCCGGGUCCGCCCAUGGACGCGUUCGUGGUCAAACUGCCCCGCGGGCCGGCGGGGGAUGGCGGCGGUAGCGGCGGGAAGAGGCCGCGGCUGGAGGAGCCUGGCCCGGAGCGGCCGCCGCCGCGGGAGAUCCGCGCCGAGGGGCUCAGCUGUGAUUACCGCAUCCUCUUCGGCAAGGCCGAGGCGGACGAGAUCUUCCAGGAGCUGGAGAAGGAGGUGGAGUAUUUCGAAGAUGAGAUGACAAAGCUGCAGGUGUUUGGCACGUGGCACAAGAUUCCCAGGAAGAAGGUGACCUAUGGAGACCCUGGCCUGUCCUACACCUACUCGGGGGUCACGUUCCACCCCAAGCCCUGGAUCCCGGUGCUGACCCGGAUCCGGGAGCGCGUCACCUCAGAGACGGGACACGCCUUCAACUUCGUCCUCAUCAACAGGUACAAGGACGGCCUGGACCACAUCGGGGAGCACCGUGACGACGAGAAGGAGCUGGUUCCCCUCAGCCCCAUCGCCUCGGUGUCCUUCGGAGCCUGCCGGGAUUUCGUGUUCCGGCGCCGGGGAGGAGCUGCGGGCCCGGGGAGGAUCUGCCUGCAGCUGGCCCACGGCAGCCUGCUCCUCAUGAAACACCCCACCAACGUGCACUGGUACCACAGCCUGCCCCCACGCAGGAGGGUGCUGGCCCCCCGCGUCAACCUCACCUUCAGGAACGUCCUGCCCGUGUCCCAGAGGGGAAGCGCUCAGCCACGGGGGCCUUUGGGCUCUGGGAAGUGAAUUUAGUUCCUGCUGGAACUGUGGAUGCGCCUGCUGUGAAGUUUCAGUUCCUGCUGGAGUUGUGGAGUCAUCUGUUCCAGCAGGUGAAUUCUGGAUUCACCUCCUGGUCCAUCACCUAAUGGACAAAAUUUGCUGCUGAAGCCUGUGACCACCAAUCUCAAUGGCAAGGUUGCUUCUGGGAAUGUUGCUCUGGUCCUGCUGAUCCCUGUUUUUGCUGAUUGUUCCCCUUGUUUUGCUUGGGGAGAAGUUUGUUCUCAGCUGAUCUUUAGCUAGGCAGUGUUCCAAGAUGAAAAUGCUCCAUAGCUCUGAAAAGUGAGGUUUUAGUUCCUGCUGGAACUGUGGAUUCAUCUAUUCCAGCAGGUGAAUUCUUGAUUCACCUAAUGGACAAAAUUUAAUAAUUUUGCUGCUGAAGCCUGUGACCAUGAUCUCAAUGGCCGAGUUUUUUACUCUGGGAAAUGUUGCUGUGGUCCUGCUGAUCCCUGUUUUUGCUGAUUGCUCUCCUUGUUUUGCUCGGGGAGAAGUUUGUUCUCAGCUGAUCUUUAGCUAAGCACUGUUCCAAGAAGAUGAAAAUGCUCCAUGGCCUGGAGGCAGCAGUUUGUAAACACUGUGAGCCACAAGCUGAGAUUGUGUAAAGCUGAUAUUCUACUGGUGGCACUUUCUGUCAAUGAGCUCUGGUUUGCUUGGGGUUUUUUAAAUUAAAAUAAAGCAAAAUGAGCCUGACAUAAGAA